AUUAUUUAAAGUAGAUAAGAAAACAUGGCAUUUUUUUUUGUAGUAUGUUUAGUGUAGUUUGUUUCCUUGGCCAGUGCACUAUUUUUAAAUAUAUUUUUUCACUUAGUGAUAUCAAACUGGGGAGUAUAUAUUAUUUCAAUUAUUGCAUAAGGAUUCAAGGAAAAAAUGCCUACCAAAUUUAAAUUUGCCAUUGAUAGAGGAGGAACAUUCACCGAUGUCUUCGCAAUCUGUCCAGGUGGUAAGAUUAGAGUCCUUAAGUUACUCUCCGAAGAUCCCCAACAUUAUAAGGAUGCUCCCACAGAAGGAAUCAGAAGAAUUAUACUUGAAGAAACUAAAAAAAAUGUGGACAAAAAUGGGCACAUAGACAACUCGGUAAUAGAGUGGAUCAGAAUGGGAACGACGGUGGCCACGAACGCCUUAUUGGAAAGGAAAGGGGAGAAAAUGGUAUUUGUUACCAACCAAGGCUUCAAAGAUAUUCUCUUAAUUGGAAAUCAAGCUAGGCCGAAAAUUUUCGAUUUGAACAUUCGUCGGCCAGAAGUUCUUUACUCUGAAGUGGUGGAAAUCAACUGCAGAGUAAUACCGACUCUAGAUGAAAAAUGCGAACUUUCUACGAAUAACUGGCGCGUUGUCACUGGAAAAAGUGGCGAAAAAUUCUACGUAAAUAAAGAGUUGGAUAAAGAUGAAGUUCGGAAAAAAUUAUUGGCAGUUAAGUUGAAAGGAUACGAGAGUAUUUCCGUUGCAUUUGCGCACAGUUACACCUUCUUUGAGCAUGAAGUUGAAGUUGGGAAAAUUGCGCAGGAAAUUGGUUUUAGGCAUAUCUCACUCUCUCAUCAAGUGAUAGCUAUGACCAGAAUCGUGCCCAGGGGAUUUACGUCAUGCGCUGAUGCCUACUUGACUCCUCAUGUAAAGAAAUACAUUGAAGGUUUCUGUAGCGGAUUCAAGGAUAACCUUAAAGGUACAAGGGUACUAUUUAUGCAAAGUGAUGGAGGUUUAACGCCCAUGCAAAAUUUUAAUGGGGCUAGGGCAAUCCUUUCUGGACCCGCUGGAGGUGUAGUGGGUUAUGCGAUGACGACUUGGCAAAAGGAAACUGACCUGCCGGUAAUUGGCUUUGAUAUGGGUGGUACUUCCACGGACGUAUCUAGAUUCGCAGGAAACUUUGAACAUGUUUAUGAGAGUACCACAGCUGGUGUCACGAUCCAAGCGCCGCAGUUGGAUGUUAAUACUGUGGCUGCAGGUGGUGGUUCUAUGUUGUUUUUUAGAUCUGGAAUGUUCGUAGUUGGUCCAGAAUCAGCAGGAGCUCAUCCAGGUCCUGUUUGUUAUAAGAAAGGUGGCCCCUUAACAGUUACUGAUGCCAAUUUGGUCCUAGGCCGUCUUCUUCCAGACUUUUUUCCGAAAAUAUUCGGUCCUAAUGAAGAUUCUCCGUUAGAUAAGGAGGCCACCGUUAAACAAUUUGAGAUUUUAACUCAUAAAAUAAAUGAGUUUUUAGUAAGUCAAAAAAGGAAAGGCGAAAAGGUUAAAAUGUCAGUUCAAGAUGUAGCUAUGGGCUUCAUUCAUGUAGCUAACGAAGCCAUGUGUCGACCAAUAAGAGCCCUAACCCAAGGAAAAGGUUAUGACACUUCCAGACAUGCUUUAGCAUGCUUCGGUGGUGCCGGUGGACAGCAUGCUUGUGCCAUAGCAAGAUCAUUGGGGAUGUCAACAGUUUUUGUUCAUAAAUAUGCAGGCAUUUUAUCAGCUUACGGGAUGGCUCUGGCCGAUGUAGUACAGGAAGCUCAAGAAUCUUGCGCUAAAAUUUAUGACCCGACGAAUUUUGCAUAUUUCGAUAGUCGUCUGGAAGCCUUAAAACGGCAGUGCAAAGAAGAAUUGGAAAAUCACGGUUUUUCUGAUAAGGAUAUUGUUUUUGAACCGUACCUACAUAUGCGCUACGACGGAACAGAUUGUGCCCUCAUGUGCAAUCCCAGUAGCACGAAAAGUGAAUCUCUGCACCCAAAAGAGGGUGAUUUCAUGAAAUCAUUUAUUGAAAGAUACAAAUCUGAAUUUGGAUUUGUUAUUUCUAAUAGAAAUGUUAUUGUUGAUGAUAUUAGGGUUAGGGGAGUGGGAAAGAGCCUUAUUGAACAAGAAACACCACUGGACACAUCUGAAACAUUUUUAAUAGCUCCGAUCACCAAAACAAAAGUUUUUUUUGAAACCGAAGAGCUGGAAACAAACGUUUACCAGUUGAAGGAUUUAAAUUCCGGAAAUAAAUUAAUAGGCCCCUGUAUAAUAAUGGAUCAACUAAGCACCAUCUUAGUGGAACCGGACUGUACGGCGAUAAUAACAAAAUAUGGAGAUAUAAAAAUAACCAUCGGAUCCGGAAAAAUAAAAGAGAUCGGUCCUGAGCUGGAUUCCAUCCAACUUAGCAUAUUUAGUCAUAGAUUUAUGAGUAUUGCCGAACAGAUGGGCAGGAUCCUCCAACGCACGUCAAUUUCGACAAACAUAAAGGAGCGUCUGGAUUUUUCAUGUGCCCUUUUUGGGUCGGACGGGGGUCUGGUAUCCAACGCCCCCCACAUUCCCGUACACUUGGGAGCCAUGCAAGAAGCGGUUCAAUUCCAAAUGAAAGCUAGACAACAAUUUUUCCCCGGUGACGUAAUCCUUUCUAAUCAUCCCAAGGCCGGCGGAUCGCAUUUACCCGACUUUACGGUCAUUACGCCAGUGUUUUAUAAAGAUCAUAAGAAGCCAAUAUUUUUCGUUGCCAGCCGUGGACACCAUGCAGAUAUAGGAGGAAUAACACCCGGAUCCAUGCCUCCUCACUCCACUAGCCUUGACCAAGAAGGAGCGGCAUUUAAAUCAUUUUUAUUGGUCGAAAAAAAUCAGUUUAUGGAGGCAGAAGUUACUAAAGCGAUAAAAGCUGCCGGUGGACGGAACUUACAAGAUAAUAUUUCAGAUCUUAGAGCUCAAGUGGCGGCUAAUAAAAAGGGCAUCGACUUGGUCUUGGAACUUAUUAAUCAAUACGGUCUGGUUGUUGUCCAAGCAUAUAUGCAGCAUAUUCAAACAAACGCUGAACUUGCUGUUAGGGACAUGCUAAGGGAGGUUGCCAGAAAAGCUGUCGCUGCAACGGGCAGUCCCACUUUAAAAUACCUGGACUUUAUGGAUGACGGAUCACCGAUUAGUUUAACCGUUUCUUUGGAUGAAGAAAAUGGUUCUGCAUUAUGUGACUUCAGAGGAUCCGGCGUUGAGGUGUGGGGUAAUUGUAAUGCACCCCGAGCAGUGUCGCUGUCCGCCCUAAUUUAUUGCCUCAGGUGCAUGGUGGGACAUGACGUACCCUUAAAUCAGGGUUGUCUUACACCAGUUAAAGUGGAAAUUCCCAAGGGUUCUAUACUGGACCCUAGCGAUAACGCAGCCGUGGUGGGCGGAAACGUUUUAACUUCUCAAAGGAUCGUUGACGUUGUUCUUGGAGCUUUUAAAGCAUGUGCGGCAUCAAACGGGUGCAUGAACAAUAUAACGUUUGGAAACGAGCAUUGGGGGUGUUAUGAAACUGUGGCCGGAGGUAGUGGAGCGGGUCCUACUUGGGAUGGUUGUUCCGGUGUUCACACACACAUGACUAACACCCGUAUAACCGACGUAGAAAUAGUGGAAAGAAGGUAUCCCGUCCAUGUUAAAACAUUUACCCUUCGUCCGAAUAGUGGAGGAAAAGGAAAAUAUAAGGGAGGAGAUGGUGUUAUUAGAGAGCUCAUGUUUCGUGCAAAACUCACAUUAUCGGUUUUAACGGAAAGGAGAGUUCUGCAACCCUAUGGAUUGGAAGGUGGCGAGGCUGGAUCCAGAGGACUCAAUCUUCUGAUUAGGGCUGACGGAAGAACCAUUAAUCUUGGCCCAAAGACUGUGGUCGAUAUUCAACCCGGGGAUACAUUCAAAUUACAAACCCCAGGGGGUGGAGGUUACGGACCCGCGGGAUUAUCGAAACGACCGGUCGAAGAAGGAACAUCGUCGGAGGGCGCCAAGAAAAUGUUUACCGAACGUGGUAGCGUGUUUGAAUAUAGAAUGGCGCAAGAAGGGGCAUAAUUAUUGUUUAGGUUUAAUUAUCUUCUAUCGAUUACGGUGGCUCCGGUAGCCUUUUGUUCAAAAUUUUAAUCAUAACAUUGCAGUAAUCAUAACAUUGCAGUAGUAGUAAAACGAAGUCAUCCAAAACAAUUUUUUUUGUUGGGUUGGUUUUUCCAUUAUUUAAAAAAAAAUGUAUGUUAAAAGUUAUGAAUUUAAUUUGUUUUAUUAUUUAAAAAUAAGAUAAAUAUAAGUCUAAACUAUUUGAAUACUACCUAAGAAAAUGCGUUUCAUAUCACUUUUUGUUAUACAUAGCGCAUAAAUAAGGCUCCUUUACUCCUUCCUUAAUGCUUAAAUUUCGCUAUUUCAAGCUUGCAAGCAUAAGACAAUAAAUAAAUAAAUAAUUACUUUUAUUCAAAAACAAAAAUUUAUACAUUGAAUAAAUACUUUAUGAAUAUUA